CGACUCUUAUUUCAGUGGUAACGGGCGCCAUUUUACAAGCGUUGUGUGAUUGUUUGAGAAACGCUCUCGAGAAGCCAGUGUUUUUAACACGCUAGUACGAGUCGAAUUUAAAAUAUAGUUUCCAAACAAAUACCGGCAUGGGCGAUUAUCAAGUUGCGGGUGUUCAACAGGACGCUUUGGGGGCAGUUCAGCUUGAAUUGGGUGGAAAUCCUAAUGCCUUGGCGCUUCGCCGGCCUUUCGACCCAUUAGCCCACGAUUUAGAAGCUAGUUUUAGGUUGACACGUUUCGCAGAUUUGAAAGGCCGUGGAUGCAAAGUGCCCCAGGAAGUACUCAACAAACUGGUUGAGGGGCUGCAGCAGGACUACAAUAGCGGUGGCGAUCAUGAACACGCUCAUUUCAUGCAUAUGGCCAUCCCGCGAAUUGGUAUUGGCCUUGAUUGUUCGGUUACUCCUCUGCGCCAUGGCGGUCUGGUACUCGUUCAAACGACGGACUUUUUCUACCCCUUGGUUGACGACCCCUAUAUGAUGGGCAAAAUUGCUUGCGCUAAUGUGCUUAGCGAUUUGUACGCUAUGGGAGUUACUGAAUGUGACAAUAUGCUCAUGUUAUUGGGUGUUAGCACCAAGAUGACUGAAAAGGAGCGCGACGUAGUUAUUCCAUUGAUUAUGAGAGGAUUCAAGGACUCUGCUUUGGAAGCUGGUACAACAGUUACUGGUGGACAGACUGUGGUCAACCCGUGGUGCACAAUUGGGGGAGUUGCAUCCACUGUCGCCCAACCAAAUGAGUAUAUUGUGCCAGAUAAUGCUGUUGUUGGAGAUGUCUUAGUGCUGACUAAACCAUUGGGCACGCAAGUUGCAGUAAAUGCUCAUCAAUGGUUGGACCAACCAGAACGUUGGAACCGAAUAAAGCUCGUCGUGAGCGAGGAAGAUGUCCGAAAAGCCUACCACCGUGCCAUGGAUUCCAUGGCCCGACUUAAUCGCAUAGCCAGCCGACUGAUGCACAAAUACAACGCUCAUGGCGCGACCGAUGUGACAGGCUUUGGCCUCCUGGGACACGCGCAGACGUUAGCUUCCCACCAGAAGAACGAGGUGUCGUUUGUGAUUCACAAUCUGCCCGUUAUCGCGAAAAUGGCGGCAGUGGCGAAAGCGUGUGGUAACAUGUUCCAGUUGCUUCAGGGAAACUCGGCCGAAACCUCCGGCGGGCUUCUGAUCUGUUUGCCCAGAGAACAGGCUGCCGCUUACUGCAAGGAUAUCGAAAAACAAGAGGGCUACCAGGCCUGGAUCAUUGGCAUCGUGGAGAAGGGCAAUCGAACGGCUCGAAUCAUUGACAAACCACGAGUCAUUGAAGUGCCGGCUAAAGAAUAAUUCUACCCGUAUAUAUAUAUGUUAUGUAUUUUUACAUAUGGCGAGCCGUUAAUUUUCUAACCGCCCGCGUCAUAUGGAGACAGCUUUUAGUUUCCUAUUAUUGUUUUAUGAAUUUGAAAGUAGCAUUUAAUAAAUAUCGAAAAUCAUUUUUAUUACUUUUGUUCAUAUGGUACAGACGCGUUUUUUUUUUAAUUUGUGAACGUUUUUAAUUUACGCCAGCCUAGGCCAGUCUCUUCUGAAAAGAAAAAGGUUGUCUCUUGUAUUAUGUCAUAGCCCGAUACGCUUAUAGGUUCAUGCAUUAAAGUCUUUUCGGUGAAUUUUAGCGGAUGGGAUCCGUUUGAAUUAUCGGUGCAUUUGUUUCUAUUUGUAAAAUUGGUCUGGUCUAUAUGUAUGGAGGAUAUGAGUCAGCAAAGAGGGCACACUCAAAAAUAUAUAUGUUUUCAAUCAUAUUUUUCUUUGCAAGAUAUUUUUCGUAUGAAAGAAAUUUGUGGUAUUUUGUAUAAUAAUUUUUAAAAUAUAAUUAAUAAACUUUGAAAGAAUU